UGUGUGAGGACUCAGUGCUGGAGCCGUGGAUGGUUUGUGCAGCCCGUUAGUGCUCCUGCCGAGACUCACGCCGCCAUCAUGUCCUGCUACCUGCGUCCCCCCAACACGUCUCUGUUCGUGAGGAAUGUGGCCGACGACACCCGGUCUGAAGAUUUACGACGAGAGUUUGGUCGUUAUGGUCCUAUAGUUGAUGUGUAUGUUCCGCUUGAUUUCUACACUCGCCGUCCACGAGGAUUUGCUUAUGUCCAAAUUGAAGAUGUUCGUGAUGCUGAAGAUGCUUUACAUAAUUUGGACCGAAAAUGGAUUUGUGGUCACCAAAUUAAAAUACAGUUUGCACAGGGAGAUCGGAAGACUCCAAAUCAGAUGAAAGCCAAGGAAGGGAGGAAUGUGUACAGUUCUUCACGUUACGAUGAUUAUGACAGAUACAGGCGUUCUAGAAGCCGAAGUUAUAAAAGAAGGAGAUCAAGAAGUCGGUCCUUUGAUUACAACUAUAGAAGAUCCUAUAGUCCUAGAAACAGUAGACCGACCGGAAGACCACGGCGUAGCAGAAGCCAUUCCGACAAUGAUAGACCAAACUGCAGCUGGAAUACCCAGUACAGUUCUGCUUACUACACUUCAAGAAAGAUCUGAGAAAAGCGGAAAAAGAACCAAAGAAGGGCAGUUCAAGCGACCAAAGGGUGGGUGGAAGGUGCUGCAGUAUGAAUACUGUGUGAAUAUUUUGACUCUGGUCUGAAAAAAUAAAAGAAUGUUAUUGAAACUACAUGGAAUAAUUGAAGUCCCUUCAAGUUUGGAAGUAAGCAUUUUAGGACAAAUAAAAGGAAAUUCAACUUUGUACUUGUGGAAACUAAUUCCUAAAUCUGAGUAGGUUUAUAUUUGAUUCAUGGAUAACAGGUCCAUAAUAAAUUACUGGAAACUAGGAUGUCUCAAUAUCACGGUAGACAGCCAUAAAUCUCCUACAGUGCUGCUUUUGGUCUGUCUGAAACAAUUGGGUGAGAAAAGGCAUGGUCCAAUUUAAACUUUUUCUUGGUUCUCUCUUAAAGUCAGAUUCAUUUUUGCUAUUGGCAAAUAUUGCCUUUGUUCCAGUGCUAGUGUUUUACUGUUUAAUGGUUUGCUUUGUUGGCAUCUGAGUUUAUUUACCUGUAUGCCAUGUGCAGUCUACAUCUUCCUUAAACACUAUUCCCAGGUAAAUUCUAAUUAUAAUACUUGACAUCCAGUUAAGAGGUUCUACAUCUCACCUCUUUCUUAGCAUAUUCACAAACAUUUACUGAGCCCUUUACUAUAAGCAACAAUUGUACUGGAUAAUUGGGAGGAAAAAUAGAUUUAAAAUUCACUUAUUCAAUAAAUGUCUGAGCACAAUCUAGUGAAUGACAUUACAGAAUGGCCUCAUUGUUUUGAGGUGUAUUGUUUGACAAUAUUUUACACCAUAUCUUAAUGUAAUUAUAAAACCCAGUAUACUAUCAAAGAUAAGUAAUUUUGUGGUUACCUGACAUUAAAAAGUAUCUGGUAUUUCUGUUUGCAUCCCAUUAAUACAAAUAAUGAAAAAAUGAUGUUUUGAUCUGUAAUAAACUGAUUUAUUGUGCAGUGACUGUAAUAUAUACUAGAAUUAUAUUGUUUACUGCCUCCUCAAACACACAUUAGGAGAUAAUCCCCCCCCCAAAAAAGUAUUUCAUUUUGCAUUAGAUAUACAGGACACUGGGUGCUAUAAUUAGAUUAUUUUGAGGCAGAAAGAGAGCUGUUAUUCCAACUGACUUAGUAUGUUCUGUAACUGAUAAAAUGUUCACCAAGUUAUACUUUUUAGUGAUUGACAUGUACAUUUUGUAGGGAACAUGUUCUGUGUAUAGUGAAUAAAUAACUUUUAUAGUAUCACA